AUGACAUACCACGCUCACGUUUUUGCCUGGGCCAUAACGCCUUCCAUUCUCGCAGGCAUAGCAGUUAUAUCUCGUUGCGUUACACGCUUUGAACUAACGAACACACUCGGCGUGGAGGAAAUUAUCAUUGUUGUGGCCGCCCUCGGGAGUGCAGGUCUCGCCACUCUGAUAUGCUUGGAGGUCGAUCAUGGCUUUCAAGACCACGAAAUCUUACCGCCGAGCGAUUAUGUAUAUCAGCUCAAAAUCCUCUAUGCCGGAUCCCUGCUCUACCAAACGGCGCUGUACUCUGUGAAAGCUUCAAUUCUCUGUCAAUGUCUCAAACUUUUUUCUGGUCGGUACCGCACGGCUUGCGCUGUCGCCUUGACGUUCAUCACAGUAUACGCCAUUGCAGCAUUCACGGUCGACGUCUUCGCAUGUUGGCCGAUACACAAAUUCUGGAUGCUUACCGUCCCGGGCAAAUGCAUCGAACUGUCGCCAAUUUGGUACAUAACGGCCGCAGUACAGAUUACCACCGAUCUGGUUGUUUGCCUGCUGCCGAUAUCGGUGUUCAAACCUCUCAAACUUCCGAAACUUCAGAAAUACAGCUUGAUUUUGGUAUUCGCCCUGGGUGGAGUGGGAUGUGUAUGCUCAAUGAUCAGACUCGUACGACUCCAUCAGAUCCUGGAGGAACCUUACCUCUCACGGAAAGAUGUAUCGGUUGCGCUAUGGUCAUCACUUGAGGUCAAUCUCGGGAUCAUAUGCGCCUGCCUUCCCAACCUCCGACGUCCGCUUAGUCGUUUGUUUCCUAAAUUCUUCCGAAAUACUGGAAGCGAGAGCUCUGACUCAUCGGGGAACAAGAUGUCAUUUUGCCGUCUAUGGAAAGGGACCAAAUGGAUCAGCUCAAAUAAUUCGACCACCUCCGAGCGCUAUACACUCGCAACGAUAGAAUGAUGUGAAGCCAACGCUGACCUGUCUGGCCGUCAGUUCGCACCUCUCUACAGCUUCUGGGGACUUUCAAUGUCGCCCUUGGUAGACGUGGGUGUUAGAAGCAAUGCAGCUAGGAGAAGCCCUUCAAAAGGCCAGCCAACAGGUGGAAGAAAGUGCGGCGGCAUGGAUGGAAGCUGUCGGGUCACCGAAAAGCGCUGCGAC